AUGAAUAAUGGUUCCUCGCAACAUACUUAUACUUUUUGCACCUGGCAUGGACCCGAGUGGUCUGGAGGGGAUAAGGAUCUUGGAGCCCAGGACUUCGGAAUCCGAACGAAUCUGUCACUGCGCUCGCCGUUUUCCACGGGUUAUCGACUCUCAUUGUAUGAGGAAGUUCGCAACGUCAUGUCUCCUCACCAUUACGAGUCCAUGUCAUCCAACCUUUACUUCAAUGUGAGGGGGCGAGAAAGCGUGAAAAAUCUCAAACGUGAACAGCUCACUCAGAGCAUGGACUACGUGGAAUGGCCUGAUUUACCCGCACAUUAG